AUGACCGAGGCGGCGCUGGUGGAGGGCCAGGUCAAGCUUCGGGACGGCAAGAAGUGGAAGACUAGGUGGCUGGUGCUGCGCAAGCCGUCGCCGGUGGCAGACUGCCUGCUGAUGCUGGUCUACAAGGACAAGGCGGAGCGAGCCAAGGGCCUCCGGGAGCGCAGCAGCCUGACGCUGGAGGACAUCUGCGGGCUGGAGCCCGGCCUGCCCUACGAGGGCCUGGCCCACACGCUGGCCAUCCUCUGCCUGUCCCAGGCCGUCAUGCUGGGCUUCGAGAGCCGUGAGGCCAUGUGCGCCUGGGAUGCCCGCAUCCGCUAUGCGCUGGGCGAGGUGCAUAGGUUUCAUGUGGCGGUGGCGCCGGGCACCAAGCUGGAGAGCGGCCCCGCCACCCUUCACCUCUGCAAUGACGUUCUCGUGCUGGCCAGGGACGUCCCCCCAGCGGUCAUGGGCCAGUGGAAGCUGUCCGACCUCCGGCGCUACGGGGCCGUGCCCAACGGGUUCAUCUUUGAAGGCGGGACCAGGUGUGGGUACUGGGCCGGAGUGUUCUUCCUGUCCUCUGCCGAGGGUGAACAGAUCAGCUUCCUGUUCGACUGCAUUGUCCGUGGCAUCUCCCCAACCAAGGGGCCCUUUGGGCUGCGGCCGGUCCUCCCAGACCCAAGCCCCGGGGGACCCGCCACCGCUGAGGAGCGCAUAGCCCAGGAGGCCCUGGAAGCCCUGAAGCUGGAGAAGCGGCUCAGCCUCCUCUCCCAUGGGGUCCGGCCGGGCAGUGGAGGGGAUGACCGCAGCCUGUCCAGCUCAUCCUCGGAGGCCAGCCACUCAGAUGUCAGUGCCGGCAGCCGACUCACAGCAUGGCCAGAGCCGUCCCUGUCCUCGGCCAGCACGUCGCAGGAGGGCCCGGGGCUGGCGGCUGCCCAGGUGUCUGGAGAGGCUGCGCCGGGCACCUCCAGGCAGCCCCCUAAGCCACUGCGGCCGAGGCAGCUGCAGGAAGUCGGCCGCCAGAGCUCCUCGGACAGCGGCAUAGCCACAGGCAGCCACUCCUCCUACUCAGGCAGCUUCUCAUCCUGUGCCGGCAGCAGCCUGGAUGUGUGGCGCACGGGGGACGAGUUUGGCUCCUUGCUCAGCCUGCCGCCGGUGGCCGGGGUGCCCGAGCCCAGCCUGUGCGCCUGCCCGCCGGGGACAGCUGAGUACCAAGUGCCUACAGCCCAGCGGCACCAUUAUGACACGCCGCGCAGCCUGCGCCAGGCCCCCAGGGACCAGAGCCCGGCCGUGCAGGGUGGCCCCGACGACGCUGGGGCCGGGGACUCGGGGGGCCAGAUGUCCACGGGGUGUCCCUCCGGCUGGCUGGGCACAAGGCGGCGGGGACAGGCAACGGAGGCCCCGGGCUGUGAGGCCCCUGGCGAGGGCUGGGAAGCAGGCAGCCCCCAUGCUGGGCACCCUCCAGCUUUCUUUUCCACCUGUCCGGUCUGUGGAGGACUCAAGGUAAACUCCCCUCCCUGA